CAGACGCCGGAGCAGAGCGGCGCAGGACGGAGGCGAGAGCGGCCUCCUGCGCCAUGGGGGGCCGGGCGUUGCCGGCGUUCCCCCUCCUCCUCCUCCUCCUCCUCCUCCUCCUCCCCGCCACCCCGGCCAACGCCGAUGACCUGGUGGUCCCCACGGCCGGUGGACCCGUGAGAGGCGUCCGUCUCCCCGCCGGCGCCGAUCACGUCAUGGCAUUUUUGGGGAUCCCUUACGCCGAACCCCCCUUGGGUCGUCUCCGUUUCCAACCCCCUCGCCCGGCGAGGUCUUGGCGCGGGGUGUUGGACGCUUCUUCUCACCGUCACGCUUGUUACCAAGCGGUGGACACCAUGUUUCCCGGGUUUGGUGGGUCCGAAAUGUGGAACCCCAACCGAGAGAUGAGCGAAGAUUGUCUCUACCUCAACGUUUGGGUACCGGCUCCUCGACCUUCCACCGCCGUCCCCGUGUUGGUUUGGAUCUACGGCGGUGGCUUCUACAGCGGAGCCGCCUCCUUGGACGUCUACGACGGACGUUACCUGGCCGCCGCCGAAGGGGUGGUGGUGGUCUCCAUGAACUACCGCGUCGGCGCUUUGGGUUUCUUGGCUUUACCGGGUCACCCCGAAGCGCCGGGUAACGUUGGGUUGUUGGAUCAACGGUUGGCUUUGAGGUGGAUCCAAACCAACGUCGGGGCUUUCGGCGGAGACGCCGGCGCCGUCACCCUCUUCGGGGAAAGCGCCGGCGCGGCUUCCGUGGGUUUGCACUUGUUGUCCGCCGCCAGCCGGCCCCUCUUUCGCCGGGCGGUCCUGCAGAGCGGGUCACCCAACGGUCCUUGGGCCACCGUGGGGGCGGCGGAGGGACGGCGGCGAGCGGCUACGUUGGGCAAACUGGUGGGGUGCGGCGGCGGGGGGGGGACCGUCGCCAACGAGACGGAGCUGUUGGGUUGUCUCCGAGCCAAGACGCCGCCGGAGUUGGUAGAGCAGGAGGCGGCGGUGCUGCCCCAACAGGGCGUCUUCCGCUUCGCCUUCGUGCCGGUGGUGGACGGAGAUUUCUUGGUGGACACCCCCGAAGCCUUGUUGGGGGCCGGUGGUCGCCCCGAGGCCGAGGUGCUUCUGGGAGCCGUCCAAGAUGAAGGCACCUACUUCUUGGUCUACGGCGUGCCGGGUUUCGGGAAGGAUAACGAGAGCCUGAUUAGCCGGGAGGAGUUCCUGGGGGGGGUGAGGUUGGGGGUGCCCCAAGCCAACGAGCUGGCGGCGGAGGCGGUGGUCUUGCAGUACACCGAUUGGUUGGACCAGGACAACCCCGUGAAGAACCGGGAAGCGUUGGACGACAUCGUUGGGGAUCACAACGUGGUGUGUCCCCUGAUGCACUUCGCGCAACGGUGGGCGGAGAGGGGCGGGACGGUCUUCGCUUACCUCUUCGACCACCGAGCGUCCAACCUGCUGUGGCCACCGUGGAUGGGGGUUCCUCACGGCUACGAGAUCGAGUUCGUCUUCGGGCAACCCCUCAACCCCAGCCUCAACUACACGGCCGAGGAGGAGCAGCUCAGCCGCAGGAUCAUGCGCUACUGGGGGAACUUUGCCCGCACCGGGGACCCCAACGAGCCGUCGGAACGGGAGCGGCGCUGGCCGUCGUACACGGCGUCGGGGCAGCGUUACGCCCGGCUCAACGCCCGGCCGCUGGCCGUGGCCCAGGGGCUCCGCGCCCAGGCCUGCGCCUUCUGGACGCGCUUCCUGCCCAAGCUGCUCAACGUCACCGGCCCGCUGGAGGAGGCGGAGCGGCAGUGGCGGGCAGAGUUCCAGCGCUGGAGCAGCUACUGGCUGCGCUGGAGGAGCCACUUCGAGCUCUACAGCCGGCAGGAGCGGUGCCAGCCCCUCUGAGCACCCCGAAAUCCGCCGCACCCCUUCACAUCGGCUGCACCCCGACAGCGGCCCAACGGCACCCCGAAAUCCGCCGCACCCCUCC